AUGAGGCAAUUGACGAUUCCUAGAACUCCGCAACAAAAUGGUGUAGCAGAGAGACGGAAUCGAACACUGUUGGAAAUGGUUAGGUCUAUGAUGGCGCAAGCAAAUCUUCCAAUUUCGUAUUGGGGAGAUGCUUUAAUGACUGCGACUUAUAUACUUAACCGUGUGCCUACUAAGUCAGUAAUUUCUACACCUUAUGAGUUAUGGACAGGUAGGAAACCUGAAUUAAAUAUGAUGCGCCCUUGGGGGUCUGCUGCAUAUAUCCAUGACACAUUCCAUAAAUUCGGAAAAUUGGGUCCAAGAGGUAAGAAAUGUAUCUUCAUAAGAUACUCUGAGCACUCCAAAGGGUACGUGUUCAUAGGAGAGGACUUUGAUGGAAGAGUGACUGAAAUAGAAUCUCGAGAUGUGACAUUCAUAGAAAAUGAAUUUCCUGAAAAGGGUGAUAUCGAUAAAAGUCUUCAUCUGUAUGAAACGGAAGAGGAAUGUGGAGAAGGUUCGUCCCAGCGACCAUUAGUUGUGUCACAAGAGACGAUGUCUCUACCUAUUACAGAUAGUGGGAGCAAUGAGGUUAUACUCCAACCUAUUUCGGAUAGUGGGAGCGAAGAUCCUCAAUUGCGAAGGAGCGAAUGUUCUCGAAUCCCCAAGAGACGCUUCGAAAUUGAAAAUGAAAUACUUUUACUGCCACUUCUCAUGGCAGAAACUGCCGUGAAGUUUGUACUCCAGAAGCUUACACCAUUCUUCUCAAACGAAGUGCAAAUGAUGAACGGUGUUCGUGAAGAAGUUGUUUAUGUGAGAACAGAAAUGGAGCGCAUGAAGGUGUUCUUGAGAAGCGCCGAUUGUUUAGAAGAAACCGACGAAGAAGUCAAAAUUUGGGUGAAGCAAAUCAGAGGUGUAGCUCACGAUAUCGAAGAUGUUUUAGACGAGUUCACUCUCCUUCUUACUCACAACCACGGCGAUGGUUUCUACGGCUUUCUUCACAAGCUUUCGUGUUGUGUCAAGAACAUGAAGGCUCGUUAUCGAAUAGCGUAUGAAAUCCAAGGCAUCAACUCAAGAAUCAAGAGUAUUUACGAGGGACACCUCAGACUCCGUAAAAAAUUCCCAGCAGCUGAAGAGGCUGGUUCGAGUUUGGCGAAUUCAUGGAAUGACCGUCAUGGGGACGCUGUUCUUUUGGACGAGACUGACUUGGUUGGCAUUGAUGGGCCUAAAGAGAAGGUGGCUGAGUUGCUAGUGGGCGGUGGCUUAGGCCGUCAAGUGGUUUCUCUGGCGGGGAUGGGAGGAAUGGGAAAGACAACUCUGGCGAAACAAGUCUACGAUGAUAGACAAGUUAAGAAACACUUCAAUAUCCGUGCUUGGAUCACUGUUUCAAGAAGCUUCAAGAUGGAGGAGCUUCUUAAAGAUAUGCUUAAGCAGCUUUUUCAAGCAAUUAGGAAAUCGGUUCCGAAGGCUGUGGAGACGAUGAGUAGUGAUGGGUUGAAGAAAAUAAUGAAGGAUUUUCUUCAGGAAAGGAGGUAUUUGAUUGUUCUUGAUGAUGUGUGGCAUAUAAAUGAUUGGGAUGCGGUGAAAUAUGCUUUGCCCACCAACAAUUGUGGCAGCCGAGUGAUGCUCACUACGCGUAAAGUUGAUUUAGCCUUCACUUCUCGGUUGGAAUCCGAAGGUUGGGUCUAUAAUUUGCAGCCAUUGCCUCCUGAAGAGUCCUGGAUUCUUUUUUGCACCAAAACAUUUCAUGGAAAAGCUUGUCCUCCACACCUGGAGCGAAUUUGUAGGUGUAUUUUGAAGAAAUGUGAAGGACUUCCUCUUGCAAUAGUGGCGAUUGGUGGAGUUUUGGCUGCGAAAGAUAGGCAGAGGAUUGAUGAAUGGGAAAUAGUUCAUCGGAGUCUUGGUGCUGAGAUUGAAGGCAAUGACAAACUCCAGAAUUUGAAAAAAGUGCUUUCACUCAGCCUCAAUGAUUUGCCAUGCCAUUUGAAAGCAUGUUUUCUUUACUUGAGCAUCUUUCCGGAGAAUCAUUUAAUCGAACCAAUGAGACUGGUUCGAUUGUGGACGGCAGAAGGAUUUGUUGAAGCGAAAGAAGGAAAGACAGUGGAAGAAGUUGCGCAGGAGUACCUCAGCGAGCUCUUGAACAGAAGCCUGAUGCAAGUGGCUGGAACAACAAGCGAUGGAAGAGUCAAGGCCUGUAGAAUCCACGACUUUCUGAGGGAAAUCAUUAAAACAAAGUCCAUAGAGCACAACAUUUCAGCCAUAGCUAAAGAACACAUGAAUCAGAACGCACUAUGGCCAGAUAAAGUUCGACGAUUAUCAGUUCACAAUACACUGCAAAAUGUUCAGCAAAACAGGUUUGUCAACGCUUCUCAAUUGCGUUCUCUGUUCAUGUUUGGGAUAGAUGAAAUGCCACGCUUGCACGCACUUUUUCCAAGUGGGUUCAAGCUUCUAGGCGUCCUGGACAUGCGAGGCACACCAGUCACAAAUUUUCCCAUUGAAGUUAUGAACUUGUUUUAUUUGAAGUACCUGAGCUUGAGGGACACCAAGUUGAAAACGAUUCCAAGAUACAUAGGGAAGCUUCAGAACCUGGAGACCUUAGAUCUUAAACAAGCCUAUGUCACUGAAUUGCCAUCAGAGAUACUCAACCUCAAAAAGCUUCGUCAUCUCAUGGUUUACCGAUAUGAAUAUGAGACUUUUGGUACUUUUAAAUAUGGCUUCAAAAGUUUAGAGAAGAUUGGUGUUCUUCAGUCUUUACAGAAACUCAGUUUUAUCGAGGCAAACCAUGUUGGGACACUACAAGAGCUUGGCAAAUUAACUCAACUUAAAAGACUCGGAAUUAUAAAGUUGAGAAAACAGGAUGGGAAAAUGUUGUGUUCGUCUAUUGAACAUCUGACAAACCUUCGCGCAUUAUCGAUAACUUCAACAGAAGAGAGCGAGAUUAUUGAUCUUCAGCACCUUCAUCAUCCACCUCAGCUCCUUCAAAGAAUCUACUUAGCAGGACGGUUGGAGAGUUUACCCCAUUGGAUAACCUAUGUUCACAGCUUGGUGAGAAUUGAACUAAGAUGGAGUAUAUUGAAGGAAGAUCCGCUGGUGUUUCUGCAGGAUCUUCCAAAUCUUGUUCAUCUUCAACUGGUUCAAGUAUACGAUGGAGACAUGCUCUGCUUCAUGGCUGGUGGGUUCAAGAAGCUGAAGCAACUAGAUUUGUACAAGUUUGAAGGGCUGAGAUUUGUGGAAAUACAAAAGGGAGCAAUGUCGUGCAUUGAAAAGCUUAGAAUUCUGGGGUGUAAGUCGUUGCAGAAGGUGCCGGUGGGAAUUGAGCAUCUGAGCCAGUUGAAAAUGCUAGGGCUUUUUGACUUGCCACAUAAAUUGCUGAAGACGAUUCGCCGAGAUGAAGGAGGUGAAGAUUACUGGAGAGUUGCACACAUUCCUAAAGUGAAUUCAACCUACUGGAGAGACGGGGAUGGGAAGCUUAUGGAAGAUUUCAUUUAG